AUUCCAAAUAUUUUUCACCAUUCCUACAAACUUUCCUCUUUGCUCUUCAGCUGUCAACAGUUCUCCAUUCUACACAUCACACUUUUGAUUCUGUAGCAAAAAAAAUACGAUAAAUCAAAAAGGUUCAGACGGAAGAUGGGACCCAAAAAUUGCAAAGUAUGCGACGAUGCACAAUCAAAAUAUAAGUGUCCCAAUUGCUUCAUACCCUAUUGUUCUUUGGUCUGUUUCAAGAAGCAUAAAGAAAUUUUCUGUGUGAAACCGGAACCAGAACUGGAACCUUCUUCUGUGGAAAAGCUUGCUUCUGCUCCGGAAUCACAUGUGGAGAAGCCAAUCUGCGUUGAUGAGCAAAGCGAGGUGCUGAAUCAGUCGCGACUAGAGUCUAUAGCUUCUUCCAAUGAAAUUCGUGAGGCUAUACGGAACAAAGAGCUUCAAAAUCUCAUAUGCAGCAUAGAUUCUUCUAUGGAUGCGGAGGCUGAACUUGACAAGGCAAUGGACAAGGAAGAAUUUCGCAUAUUCAGUGAAAAGAUUUUGUCCAUGAUUAGUCAAUGAAGACUUCAACAGAAGCAUGAUUUCUUGACAAUGAAUGGUGUUGUAACAAAGGUAGAUCUUCUCCCAUGGUUCAGAAGCUAUCGUUAAGUUGUUCGGGCAUGGGAUCAUAUCUACCAAGAAGAUUUUGCUAGGAUCAUGUAACUGCAGACAGUUCAGAUUCAGCAUCUCCUUAAACUGUGCUUAGGCAAAACAAUUUGAUUUUCUCCCUGCAGCUUAGUUCAUUCUAAGCUUCGCCAGCCCUGGGAUUUUUCCCUUUGCUUCUGUUUCCAGUUAUUUGUACCUUGAACGAAACGUUUAGAUAACCCUUUUUUUUUUUUAUUUUAUGUGUUGAAAGUUUAGACAAAAUAUUGCCUCUCUCUUUUACACCAAGGGUGAAACCAGGAAAGAAAGAUAUGAUAAUCUUGCAGCAUCUGUCAUUGUAAAUUUUGCAGGAAUCAUUAGUUUCUAUAUUUGUUAACUUUGUCUAAAGAGGUGCCUGAUUUGCAAGGUA